AUGUCAAAUAACAUAAAAUCAGUAGAACAUUCAUUUAAAAUACAUCAGAAAAACGACCUAGAACAUGUAUCUGAUAGAGUAUUUUUCAUUGAUGCUUCUAAUCGGAGCUUGGCUACCAUUCCGUCGGAGAUCUUAGAAUUAACAGAAUUAGAAGAAGUGCAUCUGGAAAAUAACCAGAUUGAAGAAAUCCCCCAGGAUAUUCAGCAUUUAAAGAAUGUCAGGAUCCUGUACCUGAACAAGAACAAGCUAAGGAAGCUGUCCCCUGAGCUGGGGAAGCUAAACAACCUGGAGGGCUUGGACCUGAGCCACAAUCCCCUCCUGCCAUCGUCCCUUGCUGUCCUCGGCUGCAUUCGCAAACUGCGGGAGCUCCGCCUCUACGGCACUGCCCUGGGGGAGAUUCCCGUCGUCAUUUGUGAAUUCCUCCACCAUCUCGAGCUGCUCGGACUGACCAGAAACCACCUGAAAUCUCUGCCCAAGGAAAUAGUGAACCAGACCAAGCUGAGAGAGAUCUACCUGAAGGAAAAUCAAUUUGAAGUUUUCCCUCUGGAACUCUGCGUUCUGUACAACCUGGAGAUCAUUGACCUGGAUAAGAACAAACUAAAGGUCAUUCCAGAAGAGAUUGGGAACCUGACGAAACUGCAGAAGUUCUAUGUGUCUUAUAACAACCUGCCCUUUCUACCCGAGUCGUUGGCCCAGUGUAGCAAACUCUCGGUGCUGGAUUUAUCCCACAACCGCCUGCACUCCCUCCCACAUACCGUUGCUGAGCUUGGGGAGAUGACCGAGAUCGGGCUGAGUGGGAACCACCUGGAGAAGGUGCCGCGCCUCAUCUGCAAGUGGACCUCACUGCACCUGCUCUACCUGCACGACACUGGCCUGAGGACACUGCGGCGCUCCUUCAGGCAGCUGGUCAACUUACGCUUUUUGGCUCUCAGCCAGAACUAUCUGGAAAUCUGCCCUUUACAGAUCUGUGCACUGAAGAACCUGGAAAUGCUGGCACUGGAUGAUAACAAAAUACGGCAGUUACCUCCAGAGUUUGGCUCACUUUCAAAACUGAAGAUGCUUGGACUAACAGGAAACCAGUUCUCUUCAUUUCCAGAAGAAAUCCUUCCUUUACAGACUUUAGAGAAAUUAUACAUUGGGCAAGAUCAGGGAGCCAAGCUCACCUAUCUGCCAGAAGACAUUAGUAAACUACAGAGUCUUAAGGAGCUCUACGUAGAGAACAAUCACCUAGAGCACCUGCCUGUAUCCUUAGGAUCAAUGCCUAAUCUGGAAAUUCUUGACUGUCGCCACAAUCUGCUUAAGCAACUUCCAGAGAGCAUUUGCCAAGCACAAGGGCUCACUGGUGCCUGAUCAGUACAUCUUAGAGCUCCACAAAGGAGGUUAAAUUGUUUAUUCAAAAAAGU